AUGUCCAACGAACAAAAUGAAGAAGUGGUUGAGUGCCCAUUGUGCAUGGAACCAUUGGAGGAUGAUCUAAACUUUUUUCCAUGUCAAUGUGGCUAUCAGAUUUGCGGUUUUUGUUGGCACCGUAUACGUACCCAUGAAAAUGGAUUAUGUCCCGCUUGCCGACGUGAUUAUGGGUUUGGGUUCCAAAAAGGUUCUGAAUUAAUUAUUAUCAGUACGACUUAUUCUGAAGAUGUGGUCAAGUUUAAGCCGCUGUCUGAAGAACAGUUAAGUGAUAAAGGUUUAACAUUGAUUAAAUCUAUGAAGAAAGAUAAAAAGAAAAAAGAUCAUCAAAAAAAGCAGAAACAAGAUGAAUCCAGAAAGCAUCUAGAAAAAAUGAGAGUAAUACAAAAAAAUUUAGUGUUUGUUGUUGGUCUAUCACCACGUAUUGCGACCGAGGAGGUCUUAAAAAGUAAAGAGUAUUUUGGUAAAUUUGGUAAAAUAACACGUGUUGCUAUUAACAGUAACACGUCUUACGCACAAAGCCAGACGCCAAGCUUAAGUGCCUACAUAACAUAUACUAGAAAUGAGGAUGCACUGGAAGCUAUUAAAAAUACUUCCGGUUUGAUUAUUCAUGGUAGAACAAUUAAAACGUCUCAUGGUACUACAAAAUAUUGCAAUUACUUCUUAAAGAAUAUUCCUUGCACGAAAUCGGAUUGUCCUUUUUUGCACGAGCUUGGUGAUGAGUCAUGUGUUUUUACUAAAGAUGAUGUUCAACAAAGAUCUAAAGAUUUGAUUUCUGUUAGGGUUAUUUCGGAACAAAUUAGCACGAAGGUUGUCACUGAAGUAUCAGAAAAUUAUGAAGAGGAAUUAGAAAUGAAAAGUGAUGUACAAGUAGAAAAACCAACGAAGGGAACAAUUUCCCAGAAUAGUUAUGAUAAAGCUGUGGGCAGUGGAGCCCCAAAUAAACUUUACAAUCCUCCUUAUAUGAAUAUUCGUGCAACUGACGCAGUUCCAUCCCAUGUAAACUUGUAUGCUAAUAAUACAGAUGAGGAUUUAGAUUUUGACCCUUGGAAUGAAUCUAAUAAAGGCUUUGCAGACUUACUCUUACUUGGAAGUAAUAAUAAUGUGAAUAACAAACUGCCAGUUACAGUUGAGCACGAAAGAAAUGGUAACCUCUAUGAAAAUGGAACGACAUCUAUGCUUGGUAAUACGUAUAGUAAUAUCGUGGAUUCAUUAGAUAAUACGAAUACAGAAAUGGCUUCCGGAAAUCCGUACAAUAAUACAGGAUAUGCUAAUAGGAAGCAGAAUAUCUUCCCGCAAUCAAACCAGAGUUACUUUCAAAAUGCGCAGAAUUAUGCCCAUUUUGGGAAUUAUUAUAAUCCUGGUGAUGGUUUUAAUAUGUCAAAAUAUAUAGAUAGUAGCAGCAACAAUAUUGAUGCUGGAUCUUCGUAUUCAAACGUUGGAAUUGAUACCGAAAGCUUUGGUAUAAAAAGCGGUUUUGAAGGAAACAGUUCAUCUGCGAAUAACUUUGGAGGGGCAAAGGUUCCUAAUACGGCCAUCAAGGCAGAGCAUAAUGAUAAGAACACGUCCACACCCUGUGUUAGCAAUAAUGGAAUGCUACAGAAUGUUCGAGAAUGGCAAGCUGGUUUUCGUUCUCUACUGCCUAAUGUCAAUAUUACAUUUGGGUUUGGUAAUACUCUGCAAGGUACCGAAAUAUCUGGCAAAGAUCUAUCUCAUAAAGAGAACGACGACCAGUCAAAACCGCAUCAUAUAAUGGAAAGCGACGUGAAACAUGGAAUUGAAUCAAAGAGUAAAAUUCUAUUAAACAUUGGUAUUAACGACUGUUUUAUGUGUCGUGAUGAAAUAGGUAAUACUGAAAAUCCGUCAUUUAUUAAAACUGAGGAAACCGUCGUUCCUGUUAAUAAAAUGAAGGAGAUGAAUAUUAAGCAUGAAGUAGAGGAUAUUACAGGGAACAAGUAUCGCAUACAUGCGAAUAAGAAUGAUAAUGUAACAAGGACGAAUUAUUUACCUUCUGUCAAUAGUCAGUUGGGAGAUAGAAAGCUAGCUCAAAGCUAUAAACAUAAGCAUAAGAAUAACGUAAAAAGUGGCAUACGCUCGAAUGUAUAUCCAAAUUCACCUGGUCGUGAUAGAGCAAGUAAUACGUUGCCAGCGAGAAAAGCUGAAAAUCGAAACCAAUCCUAUUCUACUAAUACAAAUUCUACUAAAGCGCCCAAAUUGUUACAAACGGAAGCUGACACAAGUGAUGAUAAAUCGUCAAAAGUGCGGAUUGUUAAAAAAGAUUGGAAAACAAAUGUAGAUGUAGCAGGAACUGCUAUAAAACCUAAAACAAACGUAAUUAACAAUAAUGUGCCUUCAAAGGCCCAUGAAACUAAAGGAAAAGAUGACAAUGAUAUUGAUGAAACCGACAAUAAAGUUAUAAAGUCGCUUUCGAAGAAUAAGAAGAAAAGACAAAGAAAACUUCAAUCGAAAAAACCAACCGAUGAUAAUGACCUUGCUAAAAGUGAAAUUGCUACUUACGUUAAAUCAACCACCGAGUCGUUAAAUUUAGGGUUUUUACCUGCCAAAUUUAGUGAAUCUAUAGCUGUCGAUUAUGAUAAAGACACCGAUCCAGACACGAUAGUUAAUCAUUUAGAGGUGGAAAUUGAGAAUACAAAAAAAGAGGUGCAGGAUUGUGAAGCUAAAUUGCAUGCAGUUAUCAGGAAAAAUUGUUCCAUAUCGAAUACUAAUUAUGAAAAAUCAAUACACAAUCAGGAAUAG